CGGCCUAACAUAGUACAUGUAGGUUUUAAAAAGAAAACGGAUAGGAUAGAAAAAGAAUAGUGUUAGAGGCCUUAUUAUUAUUAUUUGCUUUUUUGUUAGUUGUAUAAUAAAUAAAAAACACGCUAGUGUUUUUUGUAUUAUUUUUAAAUCCAAAAAGGGCAUGCUUUUAAGAAUAGUAUUAGAACAGAGAGUCAUGAGUUAGAGGAUCAAAUAAAAAAAAUAUGAAUAAUAGAUAAUCUUGUGACUGGCACCCCCUCUUGUUUAUCUAACUUUAAUAAAUAUACCUCAGUGACAUUUUAGACUUUUCUCAUUCCAGUGAACCAGUGUUCCUGUAAAUGGAUAGUUCAUUCAACAAUUAACAUUCUGUCAUGAUUUGGCAACCAGUUGAAAACAAUUGACGGUAGCUAGCCAUCGAGUGUGGGAAAAAAAUCAAUGUUUUAAAAAAAUUGUACAAAUCAUACAUAUGACCAGCAGGCGGCAGCACUCCAGCGCGUGCCGUCGAGCUCGUUUCCAUGCGACUGUAAACAAUGAACCGAAGGGCUUUUGUGCUCUUUCUCUAACAGCUGUAAGAUUGCUCCUCGUUUCUGUCGUUGCCUAAAAUAAGAAAUGGCCUAUUCCCAGUCGCCCAAGAAGGCUGGUCUACCACGAGAGGUUUUGAAAUGGCUGCAAAGUCUUGAUUUAUCGUUUUUCCCCAAAAACGUGCGCAGAGACUUUUCCAAUGGGUAUCUAGUGGCGGAAAUAUUUUCCUGGUACUUCCCAAGGGAUUUUCAUAUGCACUCCUAUGAUAAUGGUGCUUCACUGACUGCCAAACAAUCCAACUGGUCCCAGAUCGAAAGAUUUUUUGGGAAGCAAAACAUCAGCCUGUUGAAAGAGGUCAUAGAUGGCACAAUCCACUGUAAACCUGGAGCUGCGGAGCUUCUCGUGCAAGACAUUUAUUCCUUCCUGACCAACCGAAGGAUCCAGACCAUCCAGAGGGUGGAGCAAAGCUUCACGGAUAGGGCUUAUCAAGACCGGUUGCCUAUGGUGGCUCGAGCCACGGCCUCGGUGGCCAUAAAGAGCAACUUGAGCCUCAGUGAGGUUAUAGCCGAACCAAACAUCAUCACCAACCAGCACAAGGUCCUUGCCAUCAUACGCAGACACAUAAAGCAGAGAAAAGAGGAGAGAACGCAAGACCCAAAACGAUUCAAUGUUAAACCCACUCUUGGAGAGCAGGCUGUCAGAUCUCCUCCGCUGUUAGCCCACCAGAGCGAGCCAAACCUGCAGAUGACCACCGGUCAAGCAGCUUGUUAAGUUCUUGGCCCUGCCCUCCCGGUAAGAGGACAAGACAUAUGUUCUGUGGCAUCUGACAUCAGAAGAAGAUGCACUCAGAUAUCAGAGGCAAAUUCUGAGACUAAGGUAGAUGUCUAACAGAGGUCUUCAAAGCACAUUUCAAAACGCAACCCUAGAAAUUUAAGCAGAAGAUUCAUUCACUCAAAAAAUAAAAAAACAGUUUAACAAGCGUACGCAUCAGUGUGCAGGCUGCUUUUGUUGGCCAUGUUUGAACAGAACACAGACUAACUAAAAAUCCUAAAAAAAUCCAGGUUUAUUUGCUUUCGAAGGCUUGUUGUUCUGAUUGGCAUUGGAUUUGAGUUCUCUACACCAUUCUCUACACAGGGGGCCGCCCGGUGUGUAAAUUUGUGUAAAUUAGAAUUAUUGACAAGUUAUUUAAAAGAAACUGAAUAUUAUAUGAUACUUAAAAUAGUUUUGAUUUUAAAUUAGAUUUUUUUUUUUACUGGAAUAUUUAACAUUUGAAAUUGAGGAUUUUUUUUUUCAAGCCAGAGUUUUAAAGACAUUUAUAUUUUUCGCUGCAAGUAUCCGGUUAUUAAAACUACAGCUCGUGUUUUCAAGGUGAAGAAAAAAUUGGAACAUCGAAUUCAAUUUUCUAAAAUUCGAAACGCUGAAAUUCAGAUUGUACAAAAAGUAGGUCAGAGGUCGUUCACGGGGAGGAAUAGAUGAAGCAUUUUGGCCGAUCACACAGCUGCAGUAGUUUUCUGGUGCCAGGUGCGGCUCAGUACCUGGCAGCAGAAAACUACUGCAGCUGUGUGAUUGGCCAAAAUGCUUCAUUCAUCUACUAUCAUCUGUUUUUCCCCGUGAAUGACCUCUGUUAACUUUGUUAACUAGCUUUUGUCGAUGAUUAAAAUUUACACUAUUCAAAUUCAGACUGUUUUGUCAUAAUACUAGCUCCAUAAGAGCCACUGCCCCUCUUUUUUAAUUUUUUUAUUCCUGUGAUUUAAAGCUUAUUGUUAGCAUUAUUACACCAGUCAAAUUUAACCCUAAAGAAAUCACUGUAAUAUUUUUAUUUGCUUCUCAAAAACAUUUAUUAUUAGUAUUAUGUUGAAACAGUUGAGUAACAGAAAUAUUAGAAAGUUCAGAAGAACAGCAAUUACCUGAAAAAUAAAUAAUUUGUCAAAUUGUAAAUUCUUAAUUCAUUAUAAAGUCUGUAUCAUCACUUUUGAUCAAUUUGAUCGAAGCAACUUUGCGAAAUGAUAGUAUCAAUUUAUAUAAUAUCUUUCCAAUAUACUGACUCCAAACGUUUGAACGGGUGUAAUGUACAAAUGCUGAUCUUUAGAAAUUGCUAUUCAUCGCAGAAUCUUGAAAAAAAUGUACUCGGCUGUUUUAAAUAUUGAUAAUAAGAGUAAUAAAAUUAAAUGUUUUUUGAGCAGCAAAUCAGAAUCUUAGAAUGACUCCUAAAGGAUCACGUGACAUUCGAGUAAUGAUGCUUUGGUCACUGCAGUAAAUCAUAAAAUGUAUUAAAAUAGAAAUCAGUUAUUUAAAAUAGUAAAAAUAUUGUAAAAGUUACUGUUUUGCUGUGCUUUGGAUCGAAUAAAUGCAAGCUU